CUACAAACAACAGGUAAUUAUGGCCAUGCUAUCUCAGAGGCUAGGAAAAGGGCUGCCAAGUCUGCUGCAGCAAGCAUGCAGAGUGAGUGCUGGAUAUGAGAGAGCCAAGGCAACCCUGGGACUUACACAGCCAUCUCUGGAAGGAGAAAAGGCUCUUAAGACUAUUGAUGACUUGCCAGGACCUAGUCAGAUAAGCAGCCUGUACUGGAUUUUUGUGAAAGGAUAUCUGUUUAAAUUACAUGAGCUGGAGAGGAUUCAGAAGAAGAAAUAUGGACCCAUGUGGAAAACCAAAAUAGGAAAACACGAGUUAGUGAAUGUUGCCAGUCCUGAGAUUCUGGAGUCGGUGUGUAGACAAGAGGGAAAAUAUCCUAUGAGGGCUGACAUGUAUCUAUGGAGGGAACACAGGAAUAAAAGAAACUUUUCAUAUGGUCCUUUAACAGAGGAGGGCCAUCGCUGGCACAUUCUACGUACUGUGCUGAACCAAAAGAUGCUGAAGCCAUCAGAAGCUGUGCUUUAUACAGAUUCUUUUAAUGAGGUUAUUUCUGACCUGAUUACAAAGAUAAAGGAAUUUAGAGCAGAGAGUUCAUCAGGGAAGACUGUGGAGGAUCUUGCCAACCUGCUGUACAAAUUUUCCUUUGAAAGUAUCUGCACUGUCUUGUUUGAGACUCGACUUGGCUGUCUGCAGAAAGAUAUUCCAGCUGAAACACAAAAGUUCAUAAAAUCAAUUGGGAUCAUGCAUGAAAACUCAGUGAAGCUUGAGAAACUUCCUAAGUGGACCAUGGAUAUCUUACCCUACUGGCGUCGAUUCUUGGAAGCAUGGGAUGUUUUGUUUACUUUUGGUAAUCGAUUAAUAGAUAAGAAGGUGAAAGACAUUGAGGAACGCUUAAACAGAGGGGAAAAAGUAGAAGGGGAAUACCUCACCCAUCUUCUAUCCAAUGGGAAGUUGAGCUUAACGGAGGUAUAUGGCAGCAUUGCAGAAAUUCUCCAGGGUGGCGUGGAUACGACAUCAAACACAUUGACCUGGGCACUAUACGAACUGGCAAAGAACCCGGAAAUACAGGACUCUCUGUAUCAGGAGGUUAUCAGUGUUGUUCCAGGGGAAAAGAUUCCAAGCAGUGCUGAUAUUUCACAAAUGCCUUUAUUAAGAGCUGUGAUUAAGGAAGCCCUUCGUAUGUAUCCAGUCGUUCCAGAAAAUGGCAGAGUUGCAGUAGAAAAUGAUGUGAUCUUAGAUGGAUAUUUUUUCCCAAAAAAUACUGCAUUUAUUCUUUGUCACUAUGUGAUGUCACGAGAUGAGAACAGCUUCUCAGAGCCAGAUAGGUUCUUGCCUCAGCGUUGGCUGCGGGAUACAGGAAUGAAGCAUCACCCAUUUAGCUCCAUCCCUUUUGGAUUUGGGGUUCGAUCCUGUGUGGGUCGUCGGAUUGCUGAGCUGGAAAUGCACCUGGCACUUUCUCAGAUGAUAAAGCUGUUCCAUGUGAUUCCUGACCCCAACCUGGGAGAAGUAAUAGCUAAAAACAGAGUGAUCCUAGUAGCAAAUCGUCCAGUCAACUUGCAGUUUAUAGACCGGCAGUGAUCAGCUGACCGAAUCCUUAUCAUAGCUGUAGUUCUAAUUAGUGGGCGGAACUGGCACUAAACAGAUCUCUGGCUAGGAGUGGGGAUAUUCCAGAGAGAGCUUGAAGGCUGGAUCUAGCGGAUUCAUAUCAUGCUUGUAAAAAAAUAAAAAAAGUCUUCUUAUAAUUUUUGUAGACAACAAAUAGGAAUUUGCUCCAGAUAACUACUUGCCCAUAGUGAUGACCCUCAAAUAAAUAUUCAGCUACAAAUGCCACGGGUUUAAGGACACUGAUCUUUACACAGAAGGGUAACAGUCAGAUUUACAUAUUCUAUGGUGGGGUUUCUUCCUUGUAAAGAAGUAAAGUAAUAUUGAAAGCCGUUUGAUUAGAUUAAUAUAAUAAGCGCUUUCUUUUGUAGCUUGCUAAUAUGGAUUAAUAAAGUAACUUUUACUGUAUAA